GCAUCUUUUAUUCAAUCUACCAAUAUACUUAAAAAAAUGGAUUUAACUGAGAAGAUUGAGAAGGAAGUACAGAUCAAGGCAUCCGCUGAUCAAUUCUUUAAAAUAUUUAGCACCCAAGCUCACCAUAUUCCCAAUAUUUGCUCUGAACAUAUCCAUGAAAUUGCGGUGCACGAAGGUGACUGGGAAACUCCUGGAUCCAUCAAGAAAUGGAAUUAUACCAUAGAUGGAAAGACUAUGAGCGUUAAGGAAAGUGUGGAGAUAGAUGAGGCAAACAAAAAGGUGAUAUUCAACAUUUUGGAAGGAGAUUUGAUGGAGCAUCAUAAGAGUUUAAAGUCGACUGUUGAAGCAAUUGCGAAGGAUGAUGGUGGUGCUCUUGUGAAAUGGAGUCUCGAAUAUGAAAAGAUGCAUGCAGAUGUCCCAUCUCUUCAUAGUUAUCUGGAUUUGCUUGAGAAGAUGACCAAAGAUAUUGAUAAUCAUCUUCUCAAGCCAUGAAAAAGAAGGAUCAUAUCUAUAUUGAUUCGUAUUUUAUCCAGUGUGUUUGAAAAUGUUUGAUCAUCUUCUUGAUAUCCGAUAAUGGAUUAUUCGAAUUCCGAAUAUAUACAUUAUCGGAAAGUUUGAAUAAUACCUUUCCACAAUUAAAUAAUUAUGUAUAAGUGAAUAAUAUUGUUCGGCUUGUAUUUAUAUGUAUAACUAAAGUUUUAUUGUUUGAA